ACUAGCUUCACUCUGUCACAGUAUCUGCAGGCGGGAAGAUCGUUUUCUCCUCUCUUAAAUAUUGUUGUAUCUUUGUGCAAACAAGUCGCUCCUUUAUUCUUCUUCAUCAAUCUGUUGAAACAAAAAGUUAUUUUCACCAUGUCCCUCUGUGACUGUGACGAUGAACUGGAAUACAAACUACUCACCAGAGAUAAGGUAGAGGAUGCUCUGGCUAUACAGGCGGAGACUAUGAAACAGGAAAACCUGGCAAUAGGUUUGGGGAUGUUCGAAGAGGAUGGAGCCCCGGAAGAAAUGAACCUGCUCUUCAGGGAAGUUAUCAAAGAUGGCAUGACGUUGAUUGCCGUUGACAAGAGGACCGAUGAAGUGGCAGCAGUGGCUUUUAACAAGCUUCGCGCGAAACCGAGGAAGGGCGAGAAGGACGAGCUGGACUCCUUCAUAGAGGAGAAUCUGAAACAUCAGACGUGUAGAAAAUUGAUCAAGUUUCUCGAUGACAUCGACAAUGUGGAUAUUUUUGAGAGGUACGAUACGAACGGAGCGAUGGAGGUGUUCUAUCUUGGAACCGAUCCACGGUACCAAGGUCGCGGGAUCGGCCGUCGAAUGAUGCAGGAGUGUAUCGGGUUCGGUCGAGGGCUGCUCAAUGGCACGAGGAGAAGGACAUCGAUCGACGGGGUUAUUCUUGAGCAGAGCGUCAUUCCAAGCAUAAUUUUCGGCGUGUUCGCCUCGAAUUACAGCCAACGAAUCGCAGAUAAAUUGGGAUUCCACGUUUUGCACGAAGUACGUUACGACGAUUAUGCGUCCAAUGGCAGAAAAAUGUCCGAGAGGAUAGGAAGCGUUCAUAAAACGGCCAGGUUACAGGUUCUAAAACUGUAAGAGAUAAUUAAAAUGAGUGGAUUAAGUAAAAUUACAGUAGUAGUGCGUAUUUCUAUAAAACUCGUAUGAGAAUAUUGAACGAAAUAAAUAAUAUUUAUUUGUGAAACGUGCCUUGUGAAAAUAAAGAAGGAAAAAGAA